UUCUUCAGUCUCUUUUUUUCUUUCUUCCUUUUUUUUUUUUUGGAGAUUUGCUUUCUCUGCUAGAGAGACUGUAACAGUAGUAGUAGCUACUUUUGCCUGUUGUCUUCAUUUCAAAUCUUCAAUUUUACUUUCUCAACAUUUAGCUUCUUUUUGUUUACUAGGUUUCAUAAAAACAAUUUGGAUCUUGAGCUCACAGCUCAAAAACCCCGACUUUGAUUACUGGGUAUAUAAAAACCGCCAUUGUUGUUCUCUUUACUACUUUGGGGGAUUAGGGCUUACGAUUUCUGAUUGGUAGAUAAAUUUGUUCUUCAAAAAGUUUCCUUUUUUUAAAUCUCUUAGAUUCUUAAAGAAUUGUAAUUUAGGGUUUUAAAUGCAUGGAUGGGAGAGAAGCAAUGGCAUUUCCAGGCUCGCAUUCUCAGUUCUAUCUUCAGAGAGGAGUUUUCACCAAUCUUACACCUUCCCAGGUCGCGAGUGGGCUUCACGCGCCGCCGCCACCUCCGGGAAUGAGGCCAAUGUCAAACCCUAACAUUCAUCAUCCUCAGGCUAGCAAUCCAGGACCUCCUUUCUCCAUAGCUGAGCACAGGCAUUCGGAUUUUGGACACAGCAUUCACAUGGGGAUGGCUUCCUCUGCUUCUCCUGCUGCGGUGCAGCCGACUCUGCAGCUGCCGCCGCCACUGUCGGAGCAACCUAUGGUUAAGAAGAAACGUGGACGGCCAAGAAAGUAUGCUCCUGAUGGACAAGUCUCUUUAGGGCUUUCUCCAAUGCCUUGUGUUAGUAAGAAGUCUAAGGACUCUUCUUCAAUGUCUGAUCCUAAUGCACCUAAACGAGCCAGAGGUAGACCUCCUGGCACCGGAAGGAAGCAACGCUUGGCUAAUCUUGGUGAGUGGAUGAAUACAUCAGCUGGACUUGCUUUUGCACCUCAUGUGAUCAGUGUUGGAUCAGGAGAAGACAUUGUUUCGAAAGUUUUGUCAUUUUCACAAAAAAGAUCUCGGGCUCUUUGUAUAAUGUCGGGCACUGGAACGGUUUCUUCGGUCACUCUGCGCGAACCCGCUUCAACAACACCUUCCUUAACAUUCGAGGGACGUUUUGAGAUUCUAAGUUUAGGUGGAUCUUAUCUGGUGAAUGAAGAAGGUGGAUCCAAAAGUCGAACAGGCGGUUUGAGUGUCUCUCUUUCUGGUCCUGAAGGUCAUGUUAUCGGCGGUGGAAUUGGAAUGCUCAUCGCAGCCAGCCUCGUUCAGGUGGUGGCUUGUAGUUUCGUGUACGGAGCAAGUGCAAAGUCUAAUAAUAACAAUAACAAGACCAUCAAACAAGAAAUAAAACCUAAAGAAGAGCAGAACAAUAGCGAAAUGGAGACCACACCGGGUACUGCGCCAGAAGCCGCAGCAUCGACGGGUCAGCAGACGCCACAGAACUUCCCAGCUCAGGGAAUGAGCGGAUGGCCCAGUUCAGGCUCAGGCUCAGGGAGAUCAGUUGAGUCUAGCAGGAACCCACUCACUGAUAUUGACUUGACUCGCGGGUGAUUCAAAACAAAAACACUCUUAGUCUUUCUUCCUAUUUACUCCCACCACUACCCCUUUAGUCUUCGAAGCAGCAACAGCAUACGUUAUGUGAGUGCUGUACAUAUCUUUGUUGUUGUAGAUUUAUUUCUGGGAAUGUUAAACCAGACAUUUCAGGAUUGAGACCAGACCUCUCAGUUCUUUAUAACAUUCUCGAUGUAACAGAACCACCCCACUUUCAGGCUACUUAAGGAGAUUUUAAGUUUUUAACUCU